UCCUUACCCGUUCAGCAGCCGCCAUAUCCUUCCACUGCUAUAUGCAAUGGCGGCGGCGGCGGCGGCCUCUCCAACGAGGGCUUCGUGGCGGCCCGCGAUUCCGGCAACUUCUGCAUCCGCAUCCGGAAGCCUCUUCCGCGUCGGAGCUAGGCGCUUCGCAGGGCUACAAACGACGAGCACAUGUCCGCAGCAAGGCACAAGGCUCCCAGCUGCUCGCGUCAAGAGCGGGGAAGCCGAAGGGCGUCCGAGCACGGAGAGCGCCGCCGGCGGCACCCCGGACGAAGAGUCCCUGCGACGCGAGCUCGAGGCGGCGAUCCAGGAGGAGGACUACGCCCGCGCCGCGGCGCUGCGGGACGAGCUCCGCGUGGUCCAGCAGGACGGUCGGUCGGCGGUCCUGGCGGCGAACACCCGGCUCUACACGGCGUUCAAGAACGGCGACCUCGUGGCGAUGCACCAGGUCUGGGCCAAGGGCGACCACGUCUACGUGGUGCACCCGUCGGCGGGGAGGAUCUCCGGGUACGAGAUGGUGAUGCAGAGCUGGGAGAUGGUCUGCGACGCCGGCUACGAGUUCCCGCUGCAGAUCGACCUGCAGGACGUGGAGGUCCAUGUCAGAGGCGAUGUCGGCUAUGUCACCUGCCUGGAGCUGGUCAGGACCAAGGGGAGCAGCAGCUGGGGGAAGCAGGUGGCAACCAAUGUGUUUGAGAAGGUUGAAGGCAAGUGGUUCAUGUGCAUCCAUCAUGCUUCGCAUUUCGAUGAGUGAAUCGAGUUUUGCACUUCGAUGAGUGAAAUUGAUUAUUGUGGGGGAUUGGAGUACAGGCGUGAAACAUUAUGAAUUCAAAUUUGAGAGUUUAGUUGCAUUCUGUUUUGUCGUUCUGCUUGAGAGAGGAAGACGAGAAAAUUCAGUGGUUGCCAGUAUGAGCAGCUGA